AUGACCGCCCCAGUCCCCCUCCCCUUCUCCGAACCCGCCUACCUCACCGGCGCCCCCAACCCCUACUACUCCCCCUCGCACCUCGCCUGGCAAAAAGCCUGCCGCGCCUUCAUCACCGCCAACCUCACCACCCACGCCCUCGACUGGGAGCGCGCCGAAGAAGUUCCCCCCAGCGUCUUCGACACCUUCUCCGCCGCACACAUGCUGAUCCCCGCGCUGCCCGGCCCGCUGCCCAUCGCAUGGCUCAAGCGGCUCGGCAUCCACACGCUGCUCGGCGGCCUCCCCGUCGAGGAGUUCGACUACAUGCACUUCCUGAUCCACGCGGACGAGAUGGCGCGCAGCGGGCUGGCGGGCCGGGCGCGUCGCUGA